ACGUGAGAUUAUUUGAUUGGUUAUAGGCAUAUGAUCCUAGUUUCUUUUUGACUACCAUAGGAUACCCAAAUCAGGCAUAUUCCGAAACAAGCUGGUGCAUAUCUGGAAACUCGUAAUAUUGAAAAGAAAAAAAGAGAGAAUCAAAGAAGAAGAGAAAUUCAGAAUCUCAUCUCCCAAAUACAGCUUUCUUUUUCUUUCUACACUGAUUUAUUGGAGUUUUAUUGCUUACUAAACAUUGUAAACACGACAGCAACGAGGUUGAACCGAAAAACAAGGAUACAAUUACAAGGUAACUUUGUUUUAGUAACUAUUACUCCUCAAAGCCCAAAAUAUUUUCUCAAGAAAGAGACCUUCAACCCAACUGAUUCCAAAUCUUCUUCUCUUGGUUUCCAUUGGUAAUUGCUUGCUCUCAAAGUUUUCUCUUGUCUUUCACCCUUUUCUUCUACAUAGAGAACCAACUUGUCACUAGAGCUCUUCUAUCCCAAACGUCAUCUUUUUGGAUAUAUUAUUUUCAAGUCAAGAUUUUCAACCGAAAAACCAGCUGAAAAGAGUUUCUUUUUUCGAAAUUUGGACGAUAUCAGAGUUGCAGAUAUCAAAUUUGACGACCCUUUGACCUGAAUAGCAGACCCAGAUAGAUUAUUUCUUUGAAAAAGACAUAUCUUUGAUGACCCAAUUCAAGGGUUAGCAAGGGGUGGAGUUUCCAAUUACAGAAAUUUAAAGCUUGGCGAAAUAAGAUGUCUUGCCCAUCAAACAGCAUCGUUUUCAAUGGUAGCCAGUGCAGCUGCCCGGUGGGGAACCUACUGAACCGGACGGCCAACCGCUGUGAACUCUUUUCAGCUACUUCCACCAUCACUACCGACCAUGGAGUUGACUACUACGCCAUGACCUUUCCGGAGACCAUCUUCGAGUUUGACUCCAUAAAGAAGUUCACGCAGUCUCAGGCGUUGUUCUUGGAAGCCACCCUCUUCUUGCUUCUGUCCUGGCUCGCGUUCUGCCUUUUUCUCAGGUUUAUGAAGCCGGGCAAUGAUGGAAAUAGCAUUUGGUUUAAGCUCAGAUGGUGGGUUAGCAGAUUGGAUAUUUCCUUUGCCACCAGGCAUUGGCUGGAUGAUCAGAAGGUGGUUAAAAAGAGGAAAACAGAACUUGGUGGCACUUUCUCAAUAGCUAGUUGGAUAGUCUUCAUUGGUUUAUUUGCCGCGUUGCUUUACCAAAUCAUAUCCAGGAGAACCAUUGAGGUGCAUAACGUUAAAGCAACAAAUGCACCUGACUUGGCCUUAUUUGUUAAUGACAUGGAAUUUAAUAUUACCACUAUAUCGAGUAUGAGUUGUUCAAACUUACGAGAUCUUGGUACUUUAGUGACUGGCAAUCCUGGCUCUAUUGACUAUAAAAGUGUUCCACUGUCAAACUUUGGAAACUACUCUUGUAAAAAUACUAGUGAAGGACCAACUAUUAUUCUCAAGUGUGAUGGUUGUCAACCCAUUCAUGACAAUCAAUACAUCUCUUGGCAGUUUGUUGAUCUUCCAAACAAUCCUGCAACUGCCGUUGGAUUUCAGUUCAACCUUACUACGAGGAGUCAUACCAACAAGAGACAUGUGAGUUUUGUUAGUGGAAUACUAAAGAAUGGGAGUACUUCUAAUAACGGACCUGUUACCUUUAGAGGAAAGGAUACAAAUAUACUGAAGUUCAGUUUAUUUCCCCGGAUUUAUCGUAAUUUAAAGGACCUUAGGCUCAUCCAACCUCUUUUUCACGAGUUUGUUCCCGGCUCUCAGUUUACCGACACACGUCAGCUCCAAACAUCUCUAGCUAACCCCAGUGAUGGAACACUCAACACCACUUUGUAUGUCAAUUUCCUCUCUUCCUACAUUGUGGAGAUCGAUGAUCAAAACACUAUGGGUCCUGUGAGCUUCCUUGCAGAUCUUGGUGGCUUGUAUUGCUUCAGUAUUGCCAUUUUUUUCUAUUUACUAGUUCAAUGUGAAUAUAGAAUAAAAAAGCUGCGCCAUGAAGAUCAAACAUUACGAACAAUUAGACAUCGGCGAAAAACACUGGAACGCUGGGAUAAAUUGAGGAAAUACGUGAUGUAUACAUGGGGCUGCAAGACUUUAGAUGAUGACCAUGACUACAAGAAUAAUGGAUCAUGUUGCAGUGGUGGUAUGCUGGAACCUAUUAGCCGAAAAGGAUCAUUACAUAAACAUAGGCAACAGAGCAGAAUGGAUUCUAUCAAUUUGAACAAAAAAGUCAAAUUACCUAGUAAAAGCAAGAUGAUUCCUGCUCAAGAUGAUUCCCACACUAUAACCAAGUCUUCUAUACCAAAAACUGCUUUGACUCACGGAGAGAAGUCAGACUCUCGGGGUGAACUUAAACACGAAGGCAAACAACAAUGCGGUGCUUCAUGCAAGGAAAGUUCAUCCCAGCUUGAUUCAUUCUCUUUAUCUAAUGAAACCAUUCCUCUACCACCUACACUAGAGUUGAAGGAUUGUUCAGAAAUGAAUAUGUCUGAUGUUCAAAAGAAUCUUAAAUGUUUGUUCGAUUACAAUGUCAUGCUAAGGGAGAAAUUUUUAUCUGUGCAAUCUAUGCUUCAUGAGUUAGCAAUGAAGUCCUCGCCUCCUGCAAAUGAUAUUCGUAACACCUCAUAGUUUUCCAAGCAACUAUAAGUACUGCAUUGUCGACAUUCCAAGUUUUGUAUGAAAUUGUUUUGGUCAUUUUCUUCUAGGAGAAUCAAAUGACCGCCAGAGUCAAGAUUGUGGUGUUCAAUUCAAGGCGCUUCAUCUUCGAUUGAAUGAUAACAGUCUGUUUCUGACAUGCUGAGGGGAAAGCAUUGUUGAUCUUUUGGGGAAUAGCCUGAUGUUUAAUCUACACCAUAUUUUUGGAGGAAAUACCCCUUGAUAUGAUUCAUGAUAUAUCACUUUCGAUUCUUGCUUGGCUCAAGCCAAAAUUUACCCAAUUUUUAGCUUCAUUGUUUCAUAGGAAUUUACUUACUGAUGUUGGAGAAAUACGAAAAAAAAAUGUUCUAAUUUGAAAUGUCAAUGCCAGUAUAUUGAUGGUAGGGUAGCCUAGUUUUUUUCCUAUGCGCUCAAGUAGUUUUAGACCAAAUUUUUGAAGUUUCUAUUCUUUUUUAGGAUCAGAACUUUUGGUUCUUCUUGCAGUGGCAUUCAUUACAAUAAAGUAUUCCUUAAA